UGGGAAACGGGGGCCCGGAGCCCUGGAGCGGCAUCAUGGACCCCCGGGGGCGUGCGCCCAUCUGGCCUGGACUCAGCUCCCUGUGUCUGCUGCUCGCUGGGGCCGCCUGGGCUCCCUCACCAGCCCCCCUGAACCCCAAGUUUGAGAGCAAAGUGGCCUUGCUGGCGGCCCGCGGUCCUCCAGAGCUUUUGUGCUUCACCGAGCGGCUGGAAGACCUGGUGUGCUUCUGGGAGGAGGCGGCCAGCCCCGGGCUAGGCCCCAACAACUACAGUUUCUCCUACCAGCUCGAGGGGGAGCCGUGGAAGGCAUGUCGCCUGCACCAGAUGCCCACGGCCCACGGCCAGGUGCGCUUCUGGUGCUCCCUGCCCACGGCCGACACGUCGAGCUUCGUGCCCUUGGAGCUGCGCGUCCGGGCCGUCCCGUCGGGUGUGCAACUCUUCCAAAGGGUCAUUCACAUCAACGAAGUGGUGCUUCUGGACCCUCCUGCUGGGCUGCUGGCCCAGCAGGCAGAGGAUGGCAGCCAUGUGGUCCUGCGCUGGCUCCCACCGCCAAGUGCCCCCAUGGUCAACCUCAUUCGCUACGAAGUGAACAUCUCCACUGGCAGCGCAGCUGGGAGUGCACAUAGGGUGGAGAUCCUAGACGGGCGCACCGAGUGCUCGCUCAGUAACCUGCGCGGCUCCACGCGGUACACAUUCGCGGUGCGCGCGCGCAUGGCCGAGCCCAGCUUCGGAGGCUUCUGGAGCGCUUGGUCGGAGCCCGCCACGCUGCUCACGGCCAGUGACCUGGACCCGCUCAUCCUGACGCUCUCUCUCAUCCUGGUGCUCAUCCUGCUGCUGCUCGCAGUGCUCGCGCUGCUCUCCCACCGCCGGACCCUGAAGCAGAAGAUCUGGCCUGGCAUCCCGAGCCCCGAGAGUGAGUUUGAGGGUCUCUUCACCACCCACCAGGGGAAUUUCCAGCUGUGGUUGUAUCAGAACGACGGCUGCCUUUGGUGGAACCCCUGUACCCCCUUCACCGAGGAUCCCCCUGCCAACCUGGAAGUGCUCUCCGAACGCUGCUGGGUGGUGAAACCCAUCCUGGAACCCGGGACUGAGGACCAGGGACGCCUGCUGGAGACGGGCAGUGAGCAUGCCCGGGACUCUUACCUGGUGCUGGACAAGUGUUUGCUGCCCCGGAGUCCAUCGGGCGAGGACCUCUCAGGGCCUGGGAGCAGUUUGGACCCCGCAGUCCUGGCCGACGCCUCUGAAGCAUCUUCCUGCUCGUCGGCCUUGGCUGUGAAGCCAGGGCCUGAGGGGGUCUCUGCAUCCAGCUUUGAGUAUACCAUCCUGGACCCCAGCUCCCAGCUCCUGUGCCCAAGACAGCUGCCUGCCGAGCUGCCCCCCACACCCCCACACCUCAAGUACCUGUACCUCGUGGUAUCUGACUCUGGCAUCUCAACCGACUACAGUUCAGGGGCCUCGCAGGGGAACCAGGGUGGCUCCCCCAGUGACUCCUACCCCAACUCUUAUGAGAAUAGCCUGGUGCCAGCCACGGACACUUCACCUCCCAGCUAUGUGGCUUGUUCCUAAGACAUGCUUCGGGGGAGGGACAGUGGGAAGGUCUCCCCACAGACUAGGAUCCAGGCUGGGUACGUGAGCCGACCCUGUCCAGAAAUGCCAACUUUGCAGCCCUUUAAAAAUGCACAUACCCAGGUUUCUUUUCUU